AUGGAAGGAUACCUCCCUCAAACGUACUACGAGCCGAAUGGUCUCCUCACCUUCGCCCUCGAUAUGGGCGCAGUCAUGCUCGUUUUGCUUGCUGGCUUCAUAGCGGCAGCAUACGGCAUGACCUCCAAGUCAAGCCCAGCACCAGAGAUCAGCAUGAGCAAGACCGAGAUCCGGGAUCUCGUGAGCAAGGCUGUACGCGACGAGGUCAAGAUGCUCGAGAGGCGCAUGGCGGUGCAUGAGAGCCAGCUGGGAGAGGCCCUCGACAUAGCCCACCAGCACGAAGCCCGCAUUGCGGCGCUGGAAGACCGGGUCGACAGAGGUGCGAGGGAGAUGGACGCCCUUCGUGCCUCACUAAACAGUCCCAAAUCACCCCCCUCCUCACCCUCAUCCUCAUCCUCCUCUCCCUCUCCCACCCCCUCCCCCGCUACUUGCGACACCUUCCCGGCCACACAGUCGACCCCGUCUCCGCCGUCCGAGCAUAGCUCAAGGGCCCCCAGUGACCACCAAGAAAACUCAGAUGACGACAGCAUCUCCGGCGCAGAAGACUACAAGUCUCCGCCGCGAGUCUCAUCAUCACCAGAUCAGGCGCCUGAGGUAUCCAGCCCUCAGCUUGAUCCGGCGCUGGAAGAUGAACUCGCUGAGUUAGGUGGUUGGGGUCUGGACACAGAGGCAUCCGAGGACGUCAGUGAUGGUAACAUCACUGACCAGGACGCUGAAGGCGAGACAGACGAUGAGUACGAGGCACCAGCACCGCCUAUCCCGAGCGCUGGCAGUGAGACUUUGGCUGGACGAAGGCCAAUCAUACCACUGUCGAAGUGCAGGACAAAGGGUGCCAGCACCCCGCGUCUGGGAUAG